AUGCUUGGUGUGGCUUUCACCAUCGGGGUCCUGCUGGCCCUGACGGGUGGCACAUAUGCCCGACGCUGCACUGCCCCAAAUGCCCUGGUCUCCAAGAUGGUGCAACAGCUGGAGGAGUCGGCCCCAGUGCAGGAGCCACCCAACCCCAGUGUCCUUAUGGCCAUGAGCCUGGCUGAGGAAAGGGACAGCGAUGCCUACAAGGUGCUGCUCCAUGUGAUACAGGAGGAGGCCACGGAGGAAGCCCAAGACAUGACCUCAGGAGGUGUGGCUCUGCAUGUGCUCGCCCUCCUCUCCUCUUGUGUGGACCCCCAGCAUGUCCAAGUUGGAUCCAUCAGCCUGGUUGAGGUGCUCCAGCAGAAAAUGGACGAGGAGAUGACCAACCUGGAGGUCGAUGGUAUCCCCAAGACCACCCUCUACAGUGUCAGCCUGGGUGCCCUGGCGCUGUGCCUGGUGCAGGCUGGUGGCUACGAAUCAGCAGCCGUGGCCCUGGCCAAGCAGGUGCUGAAGCCUGGGAGCAAAAUCUUCGUUGAUACCCGUGCCAUGAUGGUGCAGGCACUGGUGUGUGCCUACGGCCACACGGACCUCCAGGAAGCCCAGGACCUGCUCUUCAAGGCAGUGUCCACAGUGACCAACGACUUCCUCGACGAGCAGGAGAAGAGUAAUGGCCUGAUUGGGGACAUUUACAGCAUGGGCUUGGCCCUGCAGGCACUGGAGACCUCCAGCAAGUUUUAUGCCCCCCGGGAGUGGGACUGCAAGCCAGCCUUCACCAGGGUGUACAACCACGACUACAGCCUGCCCACAGCCAUCGCCCAGGUCCUGCCUGCCCUCCUCUACAGACCCUACCUGCAGGCAGCCGACACGGACUGCACUGCCAGCACCAGAAAGUCUCCAGACCAAAAGGUCUCCCUGCCCCCAAGCCUGCAGACAACCGAAGAGCACCAAGCCAGCCCCUCUGCUCUCCCAGCAGCCACCACCAUCCAGGUGCACUACUCCAUCAUCAACAAGCUGCAGGGAGCACACUUCAACCACUCCAUCCCGGUAGAGGUCCCUGCUGGCUCCGUGCUGCUCAAGGUGCUGCAGGCUGCAGAGAAGCAGCAACCUGACACCUUUAGCUUCAAGACAGAGCAGACCUCCUGGGGCCCCAUGGUGGUCUCCAUCCAUGGGCUGGCUGCCAACCCAAAGGACAGGACCUACUGGCAGUUCCUCAGCAGCAAGGAUGCCCUCGACCAAGGGGUUGGCACCUACAAGCCCCACGACAUGGAGCACAUCGUGGCCAACUUCACCACCUACUGAAGCCACCCAGGGCCCCCUAGCCCCAGCAGGCUCAACAGGGUAGCAAUAAAGAGCCAUU